AUGGCUGGUGUUCGGGAAAUAACGGCUGCUGCUGAAUUCUUACAAGGUACCAAUAGGCAGAGCCUGUUUUUGCAUAGAAAUUCUUUUAGAGGAAGAAGCCAUGUGCUUUGGGGCACGGUUCAGGGUCGAAGUUCAGAAUUGGGUUUUGCUAAUAGGAGAGGUGUUUCAUUGAGGUGUCGUGCUCAAGAAAAGCCCCGAGCUGUUGUUUCUGGUGGUGUGAGCAGUUUGGUAGAUGAGCAAUCAAGCUUGGUUGAGAAGCCUGCUGCGGAAGUUAUUCAUUUUUAUCGGGUCCCGCUUAUGCAGGAGAGUGCUUCAUCUGAGCUUCUCAAGACAGUUCAGACAAAAAUUUCAAAUCAGAUAGUUGGUUUGAAAACUGAGCAGUGUUUCAACAUUGGGCUCAAUUCACAGCUUUCUAGUGACAAGCUUCCGGUUCUUAGGUGGCUUCUUCAGGAGACUUUUGAGCCCGAGAAUUUGGGGACUGAGAGCUUUCUUGAAAAGAAAAGACAGGAAGGACUGAAUACAGUCAUUGUUGAGGUUGGGCCUCGGUUGUCAUUUACAACAGCCUGGUCUUCCAAUGCUGUCUCAAUUUGUCGAGCAUGUGGAUUGAUAGAGGUGACUCGUUUGGAACGGUCAAGGAGGUACUUGUUGUUCAGUAAGGGAACACUACAAGAUCAUCAAAUUAGUGAGUUUGCUGCAAUGGUUCAUGAUCGGAUGACUGAGUGUGUGUAUACUCAGAAGCUUGUUUCAUUUGAAACGAGUGUAGUUUUGGACGAAGUUCGUCAAGUACCUGUCAUGGAGAGAGGUCGGAAGGCAUUGGAGGAGAUAAAUCAGGAAAUGGGUUUAGCAUUUGAUGAGCAAGAUCUCCAAUACUACACUAGGCUAUUCAGGGACGAAAUCAAGCGGAAUCCAACAACUGUUGAACUGUUUGAUAUUGCACAAUCCAACAGCGAGCAUAGCAGACACUGGUUUUUUACUGGUAAAAUUCUUAUAGAUGGACAACCUAUGGAUAGAACUCUAAUGCAGAUUGUGAAGAGCACUUUGCAGGCAAACCCAAACAAUUCUGUGAUUGGGUUCAAGGAUAACUCAAGUGCAAUCAAGGGCUUUCUGGUGAAACAAAUGCGACCAGUUCAGCCAGGUUCAACAUGUCCGUUGAACAUAGCUACUCGGGACCUUGAUAUUUUAUUUACUGCCGAGACACAUAAUUUCCCAUGUGCUGUAGCCCCUUACCCUGGUGCAGAGACGGGUGCAGGGGGUCGAAUUAGGGAUACCCAUGCAACUGGAAGAGGGUCUUUUGUUGUAGCAUCUACAGCUGGUUAUUGUGUUGGGAAUCUCAAUAUGGAGGGCUCUUAUGCACCUUGGGAAGAUCCAUCUUUACAUAUCCAUCAAAUUUGGCUUCACCUCUGCAGAUACUCAUAG